GGACACGGCGCGAGACUCCCGUAACGUCCCUCGUAGCCGGCGUGCGCCCGAGAACAUCACAUGUUGAAUAGGGAAAAGGGGAAGCGGCGAGGGCGCCGGCGCGGAUAGGGAGAGAAGCCCCGACGAUGCAAAAAGACGCAAAGCGAUCAUCCGUGACGCGUGCAGAUUCUCCCUAGUGCGCAGGCGCAGUGCGCCGCCCCCUCACCCGCAGGGCCGCGGUGGCAGCACCGGCGGCGGGAUCGCGCUCCUUCCUCCUGGCAACCAUGGGGUAGUUGUUGCGCUCGCGACCCGUCGGCUGGCCGGGGGAAAAUGAAGAGCGAAAGUUGGUAGUCAGCGCGCGCGCUUGCCAACGAAGAAGAAAACGAAGCGACCGAUCGCGCUCUAGCUGGAUAAGGAACGAACAAGAUGCCACGUUCCUUUCUGGUCAAGAAAGUCAAGUACCCGGUGGCCAACCACCAUGCCAGCGGUCCCCGCUGGUACCGGCAACCGUCCAGUCCAACGGAGGCGGCGCCGGUGCCGAGCCCGCAGCCCAGCUCGCCCAGCCGCGGUGGCGCCGUCGCCCUGCCAGCCUACGACUACUCGAGCCCAUCAUACGAAAGCGGGAACACCGGCCUCGCACCCGUGACAGUGCUGCCUGGCGGCGCCCCGAGCCCAGCAGGCCCCGAGGUGAAGGAGUACCAUGAGUUGUCACCCCCGGCCUUUCACUUGUACGCCAACGAGGACGUGGCGAGUAAUGUGGACGUGGUGUCCGAGCCGAGCCCCCCGGAAAGUCAGAGCGAAAAGCCUCCCUUGGUCGAUGGUCGCAGCCGGCGCAAGGGCCGCGACAGCUCGCCCCGCGCCAAGCGCAGUCCAGAGCGGCCACGUUACACGUGCGGCGAGUGCGGCAAGCACUACGCGACCUCGUCGAACCUGUCGCGCCACAAGCAAACGCACCGCAGCCCGGACUCGCAGCUGGCCAAGAAGUGUCCGACGUGCGCCAAGGUGUACGUGUCCAUGCCGGCGCUGGCCAUGCACGUGCUGACGCACAAUCUGAGCCACAAGUGCCCCGUGUGCGGCAAGGCGUUCUCGCGGCCCUGGCUCCUGCAGGGCCACAUGCGCUCGCACACCGGCGAGAAGCCGUUCGGCUGCGCCCACUGCGGCAAGGCGUUCGCCGACCGCUCCAACCUGCGCGCACACAUGCAGACGCACUCGGGCCUCAAGCACUUCCGCUGCGCGCGCUGCCACAAGUCGUUCGCGCUUAAGUCCUACCUCAACAAGCACCUCGAGUCGGCCUGCUUCAAAGAGGACGGCUGCGUCUCCUGGUCCGUGGACGACUCGCUGGACGGCCUGCAGCCGCUGUAAGCUGCGGCCUUCCCACAGGCCGACACUCGGUCUCGCAGAGUGGACCCGUGAUGGGCAUCGCGAUUCGGUUGCGCCCGUUCUUGUGUACGCGUCGCAGGCUAAACAGGCCCCUCCAAAUCAACGAAUCUGCACGAUGGGGCAAAGCCCUCGUCACUGCUGUUAAAUCUUGUCUGAUACUCGGCAGCAGCUCGCGCAAAGCACGAAAACGCUUGGCACGUAAGUGUCAGGGUUUGUAGCAUGGAUUUCGACACAAUCCACUGUCUAGGGACGUGCCAUUGCCGCAAAAGCACUUGAACUGUGGUCUACAAAGGAUAGUCAUUACAGGACAUUGUACAAGGAAGUAAACAUUUCAUCAUUCAUGAGAAAACAUUUAAAAUUCAAAGUACCACUGUUGAGUUCUUCAUCCCGUUCCUCUCUGUCGUUGGGUAGCAGCCACGAAGUAAGAAAUGCUUGUCUUUGUAACAGUUUGAAAGGUCUCUUGUUUUCAUUUUACUUGUUGUUAGGGGUAUCGAGUAAGAGCGAUCUUCGAUUCAUAUUUCUCUCUCUGCACUAUAGCGUUCACGUAGCUAUCCGAGACCCUCGGGUCAAAACGCAAGUUCAAAGUGCCACGGCUGCUAGAAUUGCACGAGGCAAUGUGGGCGCGUAGUGGCUCCAUUACGGGACGGCACAACUUAUCACUGCGGCACAGUGGCGCAAACAAAAACCGGCAGUUUGCUUUGCAUCGAUCGCUACGCUGAAGCUGUUUGCUUUAGCGCACAUCCCAUCAACAAUGUGCCGCCGGGCACUUAUUUACGCAUUGCGCUGUCGUCGAUGCCCUCCGCAGUCACCGGCACCAGGCGACGCAUGUGCCGAAAAAGAACGAAGAAAGCAGCUAUAAUAAGUUGCACGACGCAGCCAAACGAAGCAAUAACCUCGACCACCGUACGCGUCUAUGCAAUGGUAAUUACCUCUUUCGUUUCUUUCGCCAGGAUAAUUGUAAUCCACGUGCUAGUAUUUGAAAGAGCGCUCAUUUUGAAACUCGCUCCAGCAAUAACCAUGGACGCCCGCACUUCCCGGCGCGCCCAGACCAAAAGCAAUACAAAUAAUCUCGGCGGACUACAGCGCUGAAUCUGAGGGCAAACGAAUUGCUGCGUCUAGUCAGAAUUCGCGAAGGAUCGCGAGCCGGGCAGGGGAACCUGUCGCAUCGAAGCAAGGAUGAAGGCUUGCGCGCGCUUGUACGAAAACGGCGAUAGUUGUAGAAGAAUGGUGCACAUAGAAGUGAUAUUUAUUGAGCUCAUUGUAUUUAUUUAGCCAAAUAGAUGUUUGUUUAUAUACACGCUUACUUAAUAUUGCACGUUUCACUGUAUAUACUCAUUUAUUUGCAACAAUGAUAUAGAUCUGUGCUAGUCAGAUUUAGCGCAAGUACGAAGACUACUCACUAGACACGUAGAGUAUAUUAUUGCAAGGUCUCAAAGUAUAUUUAGACCACGAACGCGUACGCAUGAGCAAAGGCUGGCGUCGUACGCGAAGGACGCGCUCCUGAAGACAAUGAUGGAAUGGCACGCUGCGCGUGACCGAAGCAUCUGGGCAUCGGACACACAGACCAGCGUUUGCGAGAACACACACACACAAACACAACACACGCGACUACAAGAAAGCUCCUGUCAGCUGCAAAUCUCAUGAGCAAGGAGAAAAGCUUCCACGGGCAUGUAUCACAAUUGCUACUUCCGCGGAUGCGUCCGUUUCACUUGCAGCUUAACAUUUCUUUCCCUCCUCCUAAAUCUAUGACCAUCGACUUAGCAGUUUUGUGAUAGUCCAUGUUGCUAGAUGCCUGUCAACUUUAAAGCGGCACUUUUUUUUCCUCAUCGUCGAUCGCGUAUACGUUUUCAAUGCGCGAGCGUCGUACAUUAAGCUUUCGGCUUCUUAGCACUUAAAAGUGCGCUACUGUUAUGACUACAAAGUGCGCAGUUCAGUAAAACGGCUUUGCACAAGGUUGACGAAGACGAAUUCCAUGUUCACGCGUCGAGUUGCAAGAGGGCGCCCUCGCAAUUGUGUUUGCAGAAAGCGUUAACCGUGGCCCAACUCUUUAGCUUAUUUGUCAAUAUGCAAAACACUAAUCUGGCCACUGUGCACCUACAGCUUAUGAAUAUUCAAACCGUACCACCACGUUCACAAAAUCUAAACGCUUAACGGCUUAAGCGGCUAACGGAACAGAUGACAUGGUGAAAGUUACCGAGCCGCAAUAUAUUCUUGUUGUAAGCGCUUCUUAAAACAAUAUCAUUGACGAAAGCGAAACAGUCGCGUCAGAAUACCAUGGAGCCGCACCAACGUGCGACCACUGAAGCCACAAGCGGCUCAGAAACAGUAAUUUCGCAGACGUGCUGGGGAGUAAAUGUACAGAUAAUCAUUUUUCUUUCUUUCUUUUUUUUGUGUGUUCUCUGCUCGGAACACACAGAUCGGCAAACUGCGUGUCCGCACCAGUAAAUGAGACUUCUUUUGAACAGGCAGUUAGUUGCUUCUGAAUGCAAGCGUGAACAAUCCACUGAUAAUUACACGGGACACCACGUUCGCGCCGAUCCUAUAAGCAAUAACUCCUUUCGUGUAUAGGAAAUGACAAUCUCCCCCUUUGUGGUGAUGCGUCAUGACGUGCGAUGAUACUUAAAGCAAUACUUACAGCAUAAAAGUAUAUUACUCUAUGGUGCUCUAUUCGCGUGGAUAAUACGAAGAAAGAGAUGGCUAGCUACAACUCAUUUGGCCAGUACAAUCAGGCUAAAAGCUUUUUUCGCCGUUGAAUUUGAGGCACCUUGUGCAUUAUUUAGCAAGGACAAAUCAGCUGGCAAAGCCAGCAUUAGUGACGGAAGAGCGCAUGGCACUACAUUUCCCGAAUGAAUUUUUCCCAACUUGUCCUGUUCAGUUUCCGUGCGGGUUUAAAGUGCCAAACGAAGACAGCGUGAGUAUGUUAAUCAUCGCAUCAGUUGAACAUUCUCCGAGGUCCCAGCUGGAUACUCUAUCGUUGAUGAUAGUUGUGUUCUCCUUAGAGACAACCUUUGACUUAUAGAUACGCCGAAUGAUGGAAAUGUCCUAAGAACCACGUUGAUAUGAAUGACUACAAAUGUGUCCCAUUCUUAUGCCUUGUGUUGAGAAACAAUGCCCCAUGGGUAAUAUGCCUCGUCUUCUGAACGCCAAUUAUCAAGGCGUCCCAUUGUUGCUGUCAUUCUACUGAUCAUAAGCGCCUUUGUCAUUUCGCAUGCAGUCGUGUUUUGUUUUUCUUAAUUCCCUAAAAAUGACGCUCAUUAACGAGAGCGAGGUCUUUCAAGAUAUUAUGCAUCUCUCGUGAUGGCCGUCUACUUGUUUCCUUGUCGCAGAUACUCAUCUAGUAAAUUUCGAUAUUGUUUCGGGUAUAUAGUAACUCAAGAUAGUACCAAGCAAAAAAAAAAAAAAAAAACAAGCGGUAAUGCCAACAGUGGUUCGUUUUCACAAUAAAUGACAACACAGUCUGCAUCCUUGGCACAGGCAUACCCGCGAAAAGGGGACACACCUAUUGAGAAGUAAAAUUGUUUAUAAAUGUUACCGAAGCCGUUGCUCAUCAUUGCUACUUCAUUAUUCAGUCAAUGAAAUCAGUCAGGUUAACAAACAGCUUGAGAACACAGCAAACUGUGCGUUGCAUAUUUAUUGUGCCAUCUAAAAGUUUCCUGCAUAUACUGAGCAUCUCUUCUUUAGGACCUUAUACAACUAAAGUCGAUUUGCUACGCAUUGUAACGAUAUUCAAACUAAUCCUUAAGCUCAUUCACAUAUGUCGACGAUUUCAUUGUAAUAUGUAAUGAAUGAUGACGGCAUCUGCAAAAGAGGAAGAAAAAACUUUGAGAUGUUCUACACUAAUUACAUUUACUUGACGCAGGCUAGGGUCUAGGACAAAAAGGCCGCAACAGAGACACAUCGUUAGCAAAAACUCACACAUAAUAAAAUAAACAUGAUUAUAUCGGAGACAGACCACCUACUGGCACACUUUUUCUGAUGCUAUCAUCGUAAAAUGAGUACAAAAAGAAAAUUCUUCCCGCAUUCUUAGUUGCGAUGUCUGAAAAUGCGAAAUGAAAAGGGCGUUAUCUUCAGUUUCAUUGUUGCGUGAAAUGGUUCUGCAGUGAAUAAUAAUCAUGUGUAUUGUGUAGACCUGACAACCCUUCAUGUGUCGAGCUCUAGAGAGCCGCGAAACUUGAAUAUAGUUAUGGCUACUACAGAAGAUCCUAACAUAUUCUUCAAUGCCAGCUCUCUAUCCAACGUACAGGUGCUCUACUGAUAUUGAAAAAAUGCGAAAAUAUUGGUGCUGCCGUGCAGGGGUGUAAGAUCCAAGGCCGCCCACAUUUUGUAGCUGUAGUCAAGGAAACAAAAGUAUUAUGCGGGUAGCGUUACUUUCGGCAAAACUGGAAUAGUUAUCUUCUGUUAUUCUACACGCAAUUGUGCUACUGUUGUGCUAUUUUACUGCGUGAAUCGGCUGGUACUAUAAAAAAAGAAAAAACGAGGGCACCGUCCAAAGCUGCGGAGGUGUCAUUCUGUUUCUAUUCAUGACCCAAUAUAUAAAUGUGCUUUGUAAUCUAGUCAAGACAUGACGCAGCUUCAGGUGCCAGCCAAAUAUGUCGCAUCCUGCCCCUUUCACAUUUGAAUGACUGCACCACACUCUUUUUUUGUGGGAAAAUUUACUGGAUUGUGAACAAAGUAUGCAGUGACUUUCAUGGUGACAUGUGGAGCUGCAAGGCCAGUCGCGACCUUUUAAAAAUCUGCGUUGAAACACGUUGCGAGCCGUGUCCUCAUUUGUCUCAUUUCCAUGACCCCUCUUUCAGUGUAAGCGUUCCUUCUGGUUGCCGUAAGCAGUCACGAAAAAUGCAUUGCAGCUUACUCGACGUCUCUCAUCUGAACACUGCCUGGUGCGCGACGUCACACGCGGCAUGUUUAAAGGAGUUUAAGCCUGUUUUACAGCAAUAAAUGUGUCUCAGUUUGAGUCGCACAAUGUGCUUUCUCCUUUAUGGUACGAGAUACGCUCCAAGUGUGUCAGUAUAUAACGCUUCUAAAACAACGCUGCUGCCCUUCAGAUGCAAUGUCUGUGUAUUUUAUCACAAUAUUUGUUUGAGAAUAGUUGAAUGCACACCACUUUAAGGGGUCCAGACAGAAGCCAAGUGUGUAACUCGUUGAACUUGCAACUUUCGUAAUGCGGUUGUUGGACGCUUUUGGAGUUGCAGCAGUGGCUUCCUUUGACGUGUAGGUCCUAGUGUGUCGGCGCGGCUCGAAAUAAACUGUUGUAAAGAAAUUAACAAGUUGAGCAAUAAUUUUUAACUGUCCGGUGAAUAUUUCACGCUUGAAUGGAAUUGCAGGUGGCAUCUGAGGUACCUUUCUUCCUAACUGUCGUUUGCAAUAGCUUAGACGCCACUGUUUCGGGCUUCUCAUGCUAAAUAUUUCUGUUUAAUAUUGCUCAAAACAUUGUGCCGCACAUAACUUUAAAAAUGGGCCUCUUCAAAGCACCUUUUUUAAAGUAUGAGAAAUUGUAUUGGCAGUACUGUUUUCAACAAAGAGGCGGGAAAGAAUGGAGGUGAUGUCUGCCUGUAUUGCAGAAGAGUUGUUGCAAAAUACAGCUCUACUUUAUCGCUUACAACUCACCACGAGUCGAUUGAGCAGCUUUCGAAUGCACUAAAUGCGAUUAAUGCGUUCCCUAAGUACCGUGCAGGGAACCUGCUUCACCUGUAAAAAUUUUUGAACAGUGACGUAACUCGAGUCAGUUACGUGUUCCUCUCUUUGUUCAUUUCCAUGGCGUCCGCAAAUGUCCCUGCUAUUUACAGAUGUAUAGUUGCUGACUUGUUUAGCUUUGUAGCGGACGCUGCCUGUACUGUCUAGGGAGCGGAAAGUUCUAUAGACUCAUCUGCAUGGAUUUUGCAACGACCAUGUCGGUUUCUUGGAUGCUCUGUGUACGGCAAUAUUUCGCGCUAAUACAAUAAAUAAAUAAAUAAAGAUUUGAACAAUGUUCUAAAUUAGGGGAAGUAAAAUAUGCUGUUCGACUUGAUCUUAUACAUAGCCACUGUCCCCUUUCUAUGCAUCUGUUUCGAAGUUUCUCCUGUGCUAGAGUUUGCAUCUUGAGCAAUAAAUGUCCCUAUUUUUUACGAACA